AUGGCUCCGUCCGACUUUGCAGACUAUCCAAAGCCUGUUGAGGCUCCCGCAGCAACCUACAACCCACAUAUCGAAAACAAUCCUGUAUUUAGAGGUAUUCCUCUUGCAAUUGGCGCCAGCAUCGUCUCCAGAGUAGGGUUUCUUCAACAGUAUUUUUGGAACAAUGCACACUUUGGCAUCAUCAAAAACAUUCCUGCUCUCGAUGAUAUACCUUACAGGUUCCAUCCCACUGUCACUCCCCUAGGCCCUACAGGACCUAUGCUCGAGUUUGGACCAGAACUCGUCAAGUCUCAGUAUGCAGAAUCAAAGGCACGCUACUACUCUGCAAGUGACUAUCAUGAGAUGUACAAGUCCGGAAAGGUGACCCCUCUCCAAGUCGCCGAGGCCCUUCUACCUCACAUCUCUAGACCUGACGGAAAGUAUGCAGAUGGUUGGGCUGAAAACCACGGCAAGGAUCAACUCGUUCUCGAGGCUGCCAAAGCUUCAACUGAGCGUUAUGCUGCUGGUAGACCUCUCGGUGUUUUGGACGGCGUACCUAUUGGUGUCAAGGACGAUACCGAUGUCAAAGGUUUCCAUAAUCACAUUGGUAUGAAGUACAAUCCCGAGAUUGACACAUUCAAGGAACAGAAAGAGUCCUCAUGGCCGGUGAAGAAGCUCCAAGAGGCUGGUGCAGUGGUCAUUGGCAAAAACGCCAUGCAUGAGCUUGGAUCUGACACCAGUGGAUGCAAUGCCGCCCAAGGAACACCCACCAACUGGCACAACAAGUCGUACUAUCCAGGAGGUUCUUCUUCUGGGGGCUCAUCCGCCGUCUCAGUUGGUAUCGUGCCCAUUUCUGUUGGCACUGAUGCUGGAGGUAGUAUCCGCAUUCCUCCGACCUUCAAUGGCGUCUACGGUCUAAAGACGACACACAACAGAUCCCUGUACAUGAAUAACACCAUGUGCAUCACCGGACCUCUUGCAGCAAAUGUCGCAGACCUAACCAUUGCGUAUCGUGUCAUGUCACAGCCCAACCCUGACUGCCACGUUCAAGGCCGUUUUGCACUUUCUGUCCCACCACCCAAGGAUCAGAAAAAGGUCAUUGGUAUCUACCGUGACUGGUGGAACAAAGCCGAUCCUCGCGUCCAAGAGGUUUGCGAACGGGCAGUUGAUUAUCUCACCAACAAAUGCGGCUACGAACUCGUCGAUAUAACAAUUCCGUAUAUCCCCGAGGCGCAACUUGCACACAGUGUAAUCUGUAUCACCGAGAUGGCAGAGUCUGCUCGUCGAAGAACCCCCAACCCCGCAGAUUGGCUUUCUCUUGUCGGCCCUGCUAAUAAAGUUCUGAUGACUGUCGGGACCAGGACACCUGCUGCAGAUCUUCUCAAGUAUAGCGCUCUUCGAGAGCUCAUCAUGCAGCAUCUGGCCUUCUUAUUUCAGAAGCAUCCUGGCCUCCUCAUCCUCACACCAACAUCACCCAUGAUCGGAUGGCCCAUCGUUCCCGGCGACGAAGCCUACGGUAUGAGCGAUACUAACACUACCAUCCGGAAUAUGCUCUACGUCUUCUUGGCCAACUUGACCGGUACUCCUUCGCUCUCGGCGCCUGUCGGGUACGUUGACCCAGACCAGGGCGAGGGUAAGCUACCCAUUGGUUUGAUGGCUACAGGAGAAUGGGGUAGCGAGGAGCAGCUCCUUGCAUGGGCAGGUGAAGCGGAAGAGUAUUUGCACAAUGCCACAGAGUCUGGCCGACGCAGACCUAGUGAAUGGUUGGACGUUGUGGAUCUCGUAAAGGGGACAUAA